AGGAGGGUGAAGAGGGAGGGGACGGCAGGGAGGAGGAGGAGGAGGUGCGCAGGCCAGACACUCGCCUUGGCUGGGUCCGGCGGGGAGAGCACAACCCCGUCCCCUCCUAUAUUUCCUCUUACUUUCCUCACUUAGGAGGCCCCUGCACGCCACAGCGAUGGCGUCGCUGCUGCGUAUCUCAGUGACCUGCUUGGAUGCAGGGUCACUCGGGGCCACUGGGACCCGGAGCCGCCUGUUAAGCUCCGUGCGUGGCCUCAGGACCCACGCACGGCUACAGGACGCCGCCAAACCUGCAGAACCCAUCCCUGGCAUACCCUACAAGAACAUCACUAUCGGGGUGCCUAAGGAGAUCUGGCAGAAUGAACGCAGGGUGGCCCUUGCACCAACCUCAGUGGCAGCCCUGUGCAAGAAGGGGUUUUCGGUGUCCAUUGAGGAUAGCGCCGGGGUGCAAGCUAAGUACCUGAACAGUGCCUAUGAGGAAGCUGGUGCCAAGAUUGUUGAUCGUGACGCAGCCUUCACCUCAGACAUUGUGCUGAAGGUGAGGCAGCCGGCAACAGAGGAGGUGGCUCUGUUUAAGGAUGGCGGCUCCCUGGUGUCCUUCAUGUACCCCGCACAGAACAAAGAAUUGCUCAACCAACUUGCUGCCAAAAAACUGACUGUCUUCGGCAUGGACUGUGUGCCGAGGAUCAGUCGAGCACAGGUGUUUGACGCGCUGAGCUCCAUGGCCAACAUUGCCGGCUACCGUGCUGUGGUGGAGGCAUCCAAUCACUUCGGCCGCUUCUUCACUGGCCAGAUCACUGCAGCCGGCAAGGUUCCCCCAGCCAAGGUGCUGGUGAUUGGUGGUGGUGUGGCAGGGUUGGCGGCGAUCGGGCAGGCUAAGAACAUGGGUGCCAUCGUGAGGGCCUUCGACACCAGGGCAGCGGUGAAGGAGCAGGUGGAGUCCUUCGGGGCAGAGUUCCUGGAGGUCAACGUCGCGGAGUCAGGCGAGGGCACGGGUGGCUACGCUAAGGAGAUGUCGAAGGAGUUCAUAGAGGCGGAGAUGGCGCUGUUUGCCAAGCAGGCCAAGGACGUGGACAUCAUCAUCACUACGGCUCUUAUCCCCGGGAAGAAGGCGCCAGUUCUCAUCAAGAGGGAACACGUGGAGGCCAUGAAGCCGGGGUCAGUGGUGGUGGACUUGGCUGCAGAAGCUGGCGGCAACAUUGAGACCACCGUGCCGGGCGAGGUGUCUGUGUACAAGGACGUGACGCACAUUGGCCUCACUGACUUGCCUUCCCGCCUGCCCACACAAGCCUCCUUCUUGUACGGCAACAACAUCUCAAAGUUCCUGUUGUCUAUCGGCGAAAAGGAUCAUUUUAACAUUAACCUUGAGGAUGAGGUGGUCAGGGGCUCCAUCAUCCUGCAGAAUGGUCAGCUUAUGUGGCCUCCUCCACCCCCUCCCGAGCCCUCCCCCGGUGCAGUCCCAGCGGCAGCAGCAGCACCAGCAGCUGUCAAGGAACCUCCCCCACCUCCUAACUACUUUACCUUGACCAUGAAGGAUGCCUCUGCUUAUGCUGCUGGUCUGGGCAGCUUGGUGGCGCUGGGCAUGGGCUCACCCAACCCUGCCAUGACGCAGAUGAUGACCACCUUCUCCCUGGCCGGCAUUGUUGGCUACCACACUGUCUGGUCCGUCACCCCCGCCCUCCACUCCCCACUCAUGUCCGUCACCAAUGCCAUCUCCGGCAUCACAGCGGUGGGUGGACUGCUGCUGAUGGGGGGCGGUUACUAUCCCUCCAACAUUAUCGAGAGUUUAGCUGCCACUGCCGCCUUCAUCUCCUUCAUCAACAUCUUUGGCGGCUUCCUGGUGACUCAGAGGAUGCUGGACAUGUUCAAGAGGCCCACAGAUCCCCCGGAGUACACCUACCUGUAUGGCAUCCCAGCGGCAGUGUUCCUGGGAGGCUAUGCUGCCACAGCCGCCAGCGGUUACCCUGAGAGUCACCAGAUGGCUUACCUGGCCGCCUCACUGUGCUGUGUGGGUGCCCUGGGUGGCCUCUCCAACCAGUCCACCUGCAGGCUGGGCAACACGCUGGGAAUGAUUGGCGUGUCCGGUGGCAUUGCAUCCACCAUCGGGGCUCUGACACCCGCCACACCAGUGUUGAUGCAGAUGGGUGGUGCUGCUGCCCUGGGCGGCGCCAUUGGCACCACCAUCGCCAAGAAGAUUGAGAUCACUGACCUGCCACAGCUGGUGGCUGCCUUCCACAGCCUGGUGGGAGCUGCUGCAGUGCUGACCUGCAUCUCUACAUAUCUCCACGACUUCCCCAACUUUGCCACGGACCCCGCUGCCAACGCCAUCAAGACUGCCCUGUUCUUCGGCACUUACAUUGGUGGCGUCACCUUCAGUGGCUCCCUGGUGGCCUACGGGAAGCUGCAGGGCCUCCUCAACUCUGCCCCAUUGCUGCUGCCCGGCCGACACGCCCUCAACGCUGGCCUGCUGACAGCUAACAUCGGCGCCAUGGGCUGGUACAUGAUGGACCCCUCUCUCAACGUUGGCCUGUCCAUGCUGGGCACCACCACCACCCUCUCUGCCGUCAUGGGCGUCACACUCACCAUGGCUAUUGGAGGUGCGGACAUGCCCGUGGUGAUCACAGUGCUGAACAGCUACUCUGGCUGGGCGCUGUGUGCUGAGGGCUUCAUGCUCAACAACAACCUCAUGACUGUCGUGGGUGCUCUCAUUGGUUCCUCUGGUGCCAUCCUCUCCUACAUCAUGUGCAAGGCCAUGAACCGUUCCCUCCCCAACGUCAUUCUGGGCGGGUUUGGCACCUCCUCCACUGGUUCUGGCAAGCCCAUGGAGAUCACUGGGACCCACACAGAGACCAACGUGGAGCAGACUGUUGAGAUGAUGACCAACGCUAAGAACAUCAUUAUUGUGCCUGGGUACGGUCUGUGCGUGGCCAAGGCUCAAUACCCCAUUGCCGAGAUGGUGGACAUCCUGCGCAAGAAGAACAAGAACGUCAGGUUUGGCAUUCACCCAGUAGCAGGACGCAUGCCGGGCCAGCUCAAUGUCCUGCUGGCUGAGGCUGGUGUGCCCUAUGAUGUGGUGCUGGAGAUGGACGAGAUUAACGAUGACUUCCCGGAGACUGACCUUGUGUUGGUGAUUGGCGCAAACGACACUGUGAACUCUGCUGCUGAGGAUGACCCCAACUCUAUCAUUGCUGGCAUGCCUGUCCUUAGGGUGUGGAAGUCCAACCAGGUUAUUGUGAUGAAGAGGUCCCUGGGUGUUGGCUACGCUGCCGUCGACAACCCCAUCUUCUUCAAGCCAAACACUAACAUGCUGCUGGGAGAUGCAAAGAAGACAUGCGACGCUCUCCUCACUAAACUCAAGGAACAGUAUGAAUAAGUAGCACUGCCUUCUUGUAAACCAUCUUCCUCUUUUGUCUCCUUUCUUUCCUCUGUUUCUGGUCCCACUGUUCUCAUUCACCUCGAGCAACAGUGAACAGGGCUGCCCUUUUCUAUAUCUCCUUCUUUUCUUCUUUUUUCCUACUUCCUCUUCCCUAUUAAUUUUUCCUCUUCUAUCUUUAUUCUAUUUUCUAAGUUUGGUAUCUUUCUUUCUUUCUCUCUUCUUCCUUUUCUCAUUCUAACUCUCUUUUUUCCUCCAAUUCAUAUCUUACUACAAUAUUUUUCUCCAUUUUUCUUCAUAUUUUUCUGAUUUUCCUUAUUUCUUCUUCCUUUCUCUUUUAGUCACUCUGUUCCCAUCUUUUAGUAUACAUUCACCAGUUUUCUUCCUUUCCCUUUUAUUUAGUGUCCCCUUUUAGAGUCAAUUACAAACUCCUACCCCACAGGGAACAAUAAUGAUAAUUCUCCCUUUGACACUAAAGAUAUCAAGGCAGAUUGUAUGAAAAUGUCUGCUCUCCCUCCCGUUAUCCCUUAGCCCACUUUCCUUUUAAACGUAACCGAUCCUUGAUUCCCUCUUACUAUCCUUUUACCCCUUAAUCCUAUUGUAAAAAGUGAAGGUGUAUUUUUUUCUAGCGUUUAUCCAUGGGUGUUUGGGUAAAUGCAACUGUUUCUGGGUAAAAGUAAAAAAAAUUAUGCAGGAGAUUGGACUUAAUGGCAACACGCCCCAUAGCUCUCGUACAGAGUUUUUGGAAUUAUUGUACGGCCGUGAGAGAAUGUUGUGAGGUUGAAUAAAGACUUAUUUUAGUGUAAAGAAGAAAUUUAAAAAAGAAAUGUUACAAAAAAAAUAUA